AUAUAUAGUACAUAUAAAGUACAACAGUCUGUAUAACGUAUAACUAUAAAAUGUUGCAUCGAAUACGUAUAAAACAAAUGUGAAAUUGUAUUGACUACAGUGACAGAAUAUUAAAUCACAAAAUAAUUGUUAGAUGAAAAUUUAAUUGUUGGAUAAGUAAGAAUACUGAUUAUUAUAAAUAACAUUCUACAAAUGGCACUUGUUCGAUGUACUCAACGACUGAAUUAUAUAUUUUUACCGAUGUUUUCAAAUCCAGUCCUUUAUCAUCAUUCUAUGAAGCCCAUAGAUUCGAGUUCAACAAUGCCAGUUAUAAAACAAGAGACAAUACAAAAAAUAGAACAAUUAUCUUUACUUAAUGUUGAUGACGAUUAUGGUUUUUCUGUCCUAAAAGCUGCAAUUAUUUUUACAGAAAAUUUACGCAAUACAAAGAUUAACAAAGAAAUUGAACCUAUGUAUAGUCCAUUUGAGACAGAAUCCAUGCUUAUGCGAAAUGAUAAUGUAGAGCAUAACAUAUCUAGAAAAGAAAUCUUAAUGAAUGCUGCCAUUACAGAGGAAGAAUAUUUUGUAGCUCCAUUGCAGACUAUCGUACAAGCAUCAUGAAUAUAGGAAACAUACUAAAGGAAUUAAGUUCACAUUUUAUUAGUCUUACAGAAUGCGGGCUUAAAUAUGGCCCUCAAGGUAAAAUGCUAUUAAGAAAUCUUGAAGAACAAUGGUUUCUAAAUUGCAUUACAAUGUCACGCUAUAAUAUAUUCUUAUCAGAUGAAUUUAAUCAGACUCUAAAUUUUGUUAUAAAAACUGAAAUGAGUGAUAUACCAUUUGGAUUAGCUUCAAUAAAGAACUCAAAAGAUUAUUGGGAUUCAAAUCUAUUGUCUAUACAAAAAUCAAAUCCUCACAGAAUUGCUGCGACAAAUAUUUUUAACAAUAAUACAGAAACGAAAGAUGUAUUCCAUAAAAUUCAGAAAGAACGUAAAAUUUGGUGGCGGAGAUUAGCACAAUAUCCUUCUAGAUUUAAG